AUGUCCACGAUAACCAACCCCGCCAUCCCUCCGGUGGCUCUAGAUGCCAUCACCCAGCACAUUGGCAAUACGCCUUUGGUGCGGUUGAACCGGCUUCCCCAGAGUCUCGGGAUUCAGGCCACUGUCUAUGCAAAGCUGGAAUAUUUCAACGCUGGUGGGAGUGUCAAGGAUCGUAUCGCCUUGCGCAUGAUCGAGGCGGCAGAACAGUCCGGCCGUAUCAAGCCUGGCGAUACUUUGAUCGAGCCUACCAGCGGCAACACUGGAAUUGGUCUGGCAUUGGUGGCUGCCGUCAAAGGCUACAAGACGAUCAUCACACUCCCGGAAAAGAUGUCUGCAGAGAAAGUGGCUGUCUUACGUGCACUGAAUGCAACUAUCAUUCGUACUCCCAACGAAGCCGCCUACGACUCGCCUGAAUCGCAUAUUGGUGUUGCCAAACGCUUGGAGAAGGAGCUUCCCAAUGCUCAUAUUCUAGAUCAGUACGGAAAUGAAAACAAUCCGUUGGCCCACGAGUUCGGUACGGCUGAGGAAAUCUGGACCCAGACACGCGGGCAGAUUAGGGCGAUUGUUGCUGGUGCAGGUACUGGUGGAACGAUCACCGGGCUAUCCCGAGGUCUUAAGAAGCAUAACCCAGACGUUCAGGUUAUCUCGGCCGACCCCCAUGGAUCAAUUCUGGCUCUUCCUGCGUCAUUAAACGAACCCCAUUUGAACGAGGCUUACAAAGUUGAGGGAAUUGGGUAUGACUUCAUUCCGCAGGUGCUCAAUCAAAAGGCCGUAGACAGGUGGUACAAGACAGGCGAUAAAGAAUCAUUCCAAUACUCUCGUCGCUUGAUAGCCGAAGAGGGUCUCCUUGUUGGCGGAAGCAGCGGGAGUGCCAUUGCAGCUCUUGAGCAAGCCGCCAAAGAUUAUAACUUUGGGAAAGACGAUGUUGUUGUGGUGAUUUUACCUGACAGCAUCAGAAGCUAUCUCACCAAGUUCGCCGAUGAUGACUGGCUUGCUGCCAAUGGUCUUCUGUCAUCACCACCUGUUGAAGCCGUGCCAACGUCCCCGUCUCUGCAAACUCAAGGCCCUAAGGAUGCAUUCUCUGGAGCGAAGGUGAACUCACUGAGAUUAAAGCCGAUUACAACUAUCCGGUCGGAUUUCCCAUGUGAGAGCGCGAUUGAAAUCAUGCGAGAUAGAGGAUUCGAUCAACUCCCCGUUCUUGCGCCCUCUGGAAAGAAAUUGGUUGGAUUAGCUACCCUGGGCAAUAUCCUCAGUCGACUCACCCACGGCCGUGCUACUGGGAAGAGCCCAGUUUCCGACGUCAUGUUCGAUUUUAGCAGGAUCCCUGAAGUCGUGACCGAUCCUAGAGAUCUGGGACUGACUGCAGGCGGCGAGCCCAUCGGUCCAGAGACUUUGAAGGCUCAAAAGAAGGGACGCAAGUUCAUUGAGAUUACGACGGAUACUCCUCUCAGCGUGCUCAAUCGAUUCUUGGAAUGGAAUAGUGCAGCUAUUGUCACCGAGACAAACAAACAGGGAACGAUGAGGCCAGUAGCGGUUGCGACCAAGGUUGACCUGCUUACUUGGAUGCUCCAUAAUAAUGAGAACGGUUCCUAA